CUAUGGAACUCUUCUCCAAGGAUACUGAGGAAUUCCGACGUCUUCGAUCCUCGAAACUGAUGCUGUUUCAGUUCUGCGUGAAGAAGAUGAUGCAAAGUCGCAAUGCGAUUGCUAGGAAGAGGAAUGCCACUCUAGCUAUCCAAGAACACACGCAGCCAUCGACGUCUCGUAGCGCCUCGUCCUCUCAAGCUGGUGGACCUCCCAUUCCUGUUUUUCGGAAGUUAUUGCAUGAAAAGCUUCUCCGCACAGAGAUUCCAGACACUAUGCAAGACGCCAGGGCCAAGAAAGAGGCUUUGGAACUCGAAGCAGGACCUAUGGUCUUACCUCCGCCGUUAUUGUUUCAGUCUUUCGUGAAACGAGUCAUGGUUCGCAUUCAAAAAGACCACUUGGCGGAUCUGGAACUAGCACGUGAAAUGGGCUUACAUCGCGGACCACCACCGAGCGGGACAGCUUUUGAAGGUUUAGUUGGGACUAAAAACACAUUCGCAAAGGGCCAUCCGGCUGCUUUGGUGCAUCAAAAAAGGAUGUCUGGAGCUGCGCAACGAGGUACAACUUCAAAUUCUGAUCCAGGAC